CUGAGCAACGUCAUCAACAAAGAUUUUUCUCGCUCUUUCACGUGCUCCUGUGGGCGGGAGCAUCCGGUGCCUCUGCUAAGCCAUAAAAAUGUAACUGAUCGAAGAAUAAGAGCGCGGUGGAGCGAAUACAUGGAGACCAAAAGGCAACAAGUUAGGUAUAAGCAUUGUGGGUGACAUAGAGCGAGAGAUCAUGGCUAUCAAUCGGAAAUCUAGUUCCGCUGUAUUGUGAUUUUUGUGCGCAAUCUCCGAAUAAUUGGAUCACAUUUGAUGAUUGUAGUUUCUGAGCACUUAUCGAUAUGGAUAUUUUGACUGAAGAUCAGCGUGAGAACUUGGAGCGAUUCAUGGAUGUUACUAGGACGUGUGAAGAUCUUGCUACGCACUGUCUGAGCAUUGCUAAUUGGAACCUUGAAGAAGCUUGCGACGUACUUUUUGCCAAUCCCCGGCUACGCAUGCCAAAGUCACUAGAACGUCAGAAGAAAUACGACGCGGUCUAUGAAACCUACCAAGAUGACUCCGUUGACUUAAUUUUGGCUGAUGGAAUCACUCGCCUGUGUGACAACAUUCAGGUUGAUCCUCAAGAUAUUGUCAUGUUGGUGCUAGCAUGGCAUAUGAAGGCAUCUACCAUGUGUCAAUUCUCGAAGCAAGAGCUUGUUGAUGGAUUUGAAUCUCUUGGGAUAGAGACAGUGGAGCAGUUAAAAGAAAAAAUACCGUUUAUGCGUAGCGAACUGGAAGAUUCACAUAAGUUCCGGCAGAUCUACAACUUUGCAUUUGACUGGUGCAAAGACAAGGGCCAGAAGGUUUUGCCACUGGAUACAGCACUUGAGAUGUGGAAGUUGCUAUUUGCACAAAAGAAAUGGCCAUUACUUGAUGAUUGGUUCCAGUUCUUGCAGGGAAAACAUAACAAAGCAAUCUCCCAAGACCUAUGGAGCCAGACCUUGGAGUUUGCAACGACUGUAGAUACUUCAUUGUCAAACUAUGAUCCUGCUGGGGCAUGGCCAUGUGUGAUCGAUGAUUUUGUUGAAUACAUGAUUGAGACGGGCAAAGUACAGAAGGCCUGAGUAUCAUCUUAACUUCGUCCUUAUAAUUAUUAACUCAUCUAAGGUUCAGAAAGCAAAGAGGAGUAAUGCUAUUGUGGGUGAAUUCCUCGUCCUGUCUCUCUGAUUAUCAUUGAUACAUCUCUCUCCCUUGGCCUUUACCAUAGUAUUGUCUAUAUCCUGUAGAAGCAAAUUUGACACUGGUUUCUUGUGGUGGAUGUAAUUUGAGCGAGGAGUGAAAAGAAAAAUUGCCAUCGA